AGGGCCCCGCCGCAAACUCGGAACGAAAGCGCAGCGCAAUGGCCAAAUUCCACCGCGUGUGGUCCAUUCUCCUUCUUCUCACUGUGGCCCUGGUGCUCGUUUGGCGGAACUUGCAACAGGCUCAGCGUCUGGCACAGCCACAGAUCUCCAGCAGGAGCAGCAGCAGCAGAUCGUCCCUUUCCAUAUAUAAUCAACCCAACGAAUCUUUGUACACCACAGAGCGAUACUACGAGGAUUAUCCGCAAAUAGAACAUCCUCCCAUCCCUCCUCUGACACCGCGCGGGCAAAUCCUGCAGCAAUUAUUGAAAUGCCGCUCACGCAAUCUGACAUUCGCGAGGUUGCAACAUGGGGAAUACUGGCUCUUGCAGAAUCUGAUUAUUGGCCGCAAGAGUCGUCUGAUGCGAUGUACGGAGUCGAUAACCUACACCACGAAUGGGGAUUAUAAAUUCUUUGAUAAUCUGGAAAUGGUGGCCGAACGUUGGCGCGCCCCCAUUAGCUUUGCCAUCCACGCCCCUGGCUAUGAUCUAAACACCACACUGGACUCGAUUCAAUAUGUGAAAAACUGUCUACCGGGCAGCGAAUACAUCAAUGACUAUGUGACAUUUCAUGUGUAUUUCUCCAAUUUGCAUAUGCCCGAAUAUGUGCCGUACGACGAGGCAGCUGUGCUGGAGAGGCCCUACUUUUGUGAGCUGAAGAAUGGUACCAAAGCGCCGCCGCCAUGGACUUUGAUACCGCGGGAGGCCAUGUACAAGAUGUCAGCAAAUCUAACAUAUCCGAUUAAUGUCGGUAGGAAUAUAGCACGACAGGCGGCCACAACGUACUUCAUCUUCGCCUGCGACAUCGAACUGUAUCCGAGUUUGGGAUUUGUGGAGCAGUUUCUCGACAUGGUUGCUGCCAAUCAUAGCAUUCUGGCACUGGACCCCCAGCAGCCACGAAGGGUCUAUCCUUUGCCCGUUUUUGAGAUCGAGUCGGGUGCCCCUAUUCCCAAUGACAAGGCGGAGCUGUUGGCUCUCUACCGCGAUGGUAGGGCUCAACCUUUCCACAUGAAGAUGUGUUUUUCUUGUCACACAGUGCCCGGACAGCAGGAUUGGUUAAAUCGGGCGCCCAGUGUCACGGAUGAGCUCCGGGUGUGGAGCAUAUCAUUGCGGGAGAAGGAUUUUAAGUACUGGGAGCCCUUCUAUGUGAGCGACAACCAGGAGCCAAUGUUCGAUGAGCGAGUGACGUGGGAGGGACAAUCGAACAAACGUAUACAGAACUAUGCCAUGUGCCUCUUGGGCUACGAAUACCAUGUCCUACAUCCCGCCUACCUCGUCCAUAGCCCUGGCAUCAAGAAGAACGCAAGCUCGAAAUCAUCUCGCAGGACAUUCGCCAGAGAAAUGACAAGAUUCAUUAAGAAAAAGGUCGAGCCAGAGUACCAAGUGUUGUAUGGCAGAAAAAAUGCCUGCGUCACGUGACACAAACACCAGAAUUUCGUUUCAGAAAGUGAUAUUCUCCAUUUACUUGCUAAGUGUUUUAUAUUAAAAUUUGUCAUAUGUAAAUAUAGAGAACAUAAGAUCUUUUGUUAUUUACAACUAUAA